GCUGGGGGGCCCCGGACGCCCCGCGCGGCCAUGGCGGCGCCGGGGGACCCGCGGCGGCCCUACCGGCUAGCGCAGGAGGGCCGGCUGUGCGCCCUGCGGGAGGAGCUGCGGGGAGCCGGGCGCGCGAGCUGCCCGGGGCCCGCCGGGGACACCCUGCUGCACUGCGCCGCCCGCCACGGCCAUCGGGACGUGCUGGCCUACCUGGUGGAGUCCUGGGACAUGGACAUCGAGGCCGCCAACCGGGACUACAAGCGGCCUCUGCACGAGGCUGCCUCCAUGGGCCACCGGGACUGCGUGCGAUACCUGCUGGGCAGGGGAGCCGCGGUGGACUGCCUCAAGAAAGCCGACUGGACCCCACUGAUGAUGGCCUGCACAAGGAGGAAUCUCGAGGUGAUCCAGGACCUUGUGGAACAUGGCGCUAAUCCACUUCUUAAGAACAAAGACGGCUGGAACAGUGUCCACAUUGCCAGCCGAGAGGGGGACCCUGUGAUCCUCCAGUACUUGCUCACUGUUUGCCCAGACGCCUGGAAGACAGAGAGCAAGAUCGGGAGAACCCCCCUGCACACGGCAGCAAUGCAUGGCUGUUUAGAGGCAGUAAAGGUGCUUCUACAGAGGGGCCAGUACCAACCAGACUGCAGGGACAGGUGUGGCUCCACACCCUUCAUGGACGCGCUUCAGUGUGGCCACAUCGACGUAGCCAGGCUGCUGCUGGAAAAGCAUCAGGCCAGCGCGUCUGCCCAGGAUUCCCUGGGGGCGCAGGCCAUCCACAGGGCAGCGCUCACUGGGCAGAACGAAGCCAUCCGCUUCUUGGUCUGUGAACUCGGCACGGACGUGGACGUGAGAGCAGCAUCAGGCCACCUCACUGCACUGCACUACGCGGCGAAGGAAGGACACGUGAGCACAGUCCAGGUGCUCUUAGCCUUGGGUGCCGACAUCAACUGUAAAGACGCAAGAAAUCGAUCAGCCCUGCACCUGGCCUGCGCAGGCCAGCACGCGGCUUGUGUCGAGCUCCUUCUGCGGUCCGGGCUGAGGGACUCUCGGGACGACACGGGUGCCCUGGCUCAGCAGCUCGCGUGCAGCACGGACACCCUUCAGUGCUUCGACCACAGCGCGGUGUCCUGAGGGCAUUUCUGAGGAGGACAGCAAAAUGCAUGGUGAUUCACAUCCUGCUUGGGGAGUUCAGUGAAGUCGGUCAGAGAGAGCACGUGCGAUACAGAGAUAGAGGACGAGAGAGAAUCCCAAGUGGGCUCCGCGCUCAUAGCUCGGGGCUUGAUCCCUCAAACCGCGACCCGAGCCAACAUCAAGAGCUGGCUGCUGAACUGACUAAGCCACCCAGGCACCCCUGCCUGUUUACUUUCUUCUUUCAUAGACUUUUUCUUGGCCAUGACAUUGGUUUCACUUUGGUUUUGGAGCCAGGAAGGAGAUGCUUCCAACCUGCUUACACAGACAUCUGGGAGGAAAUAAUGAAAAUGUUUCUAUAUUCUGUGCACUGCUAGUUAAGCUAUGACAUUUUAAUCUUGAGGUUAUUUUUAUUAGGUUCUGUGUUGGCUUCUUUCGGGUAAUAAAUACACCUAAAAAAAUGCA